AUGGCGUCUUCGGCUGAGACGGUGCGCGCUGCGUACGCUGCAGCAGGCCAGGGCCACGUCUUUCGCUUUUACGACCGGCUGCAGCAGCAGCAGCAGCUGCUGCUGCUGCAGCAAGCAGCAAAACACGACCCUGCGCAGCUGCUGCAGCUGCUGGAAAGCGCACUGCAGCAGCAGCAGAAAAAAGGAGAGCAGCAAAAGCAAAUCCGGCCUCCUUACAAGGUCGAUUUGACCCUUCUAAACGAAGUCCUGCAGCAGCAGCAACAGCAACAGCAGCAGCAGCAACAGCAGCAGCGGUCUGAAGACCACCAGCAGCAGCAGCAGCAGCAGCUGUUGUCUGCGUAUUUGCAGUUGCUGCCAGCAGCAGGCUGCGCUGUGGUGUCUCUAAAUGAGUGUCCUCUUUUGCUGCGGAGACACUGGAAAGAGACCGGACUGAAACUCAUAGCUGAGGGACGGCUGGGCGUGCUGCUGCUGGCGGGGGGCGACGGCAGCAGACUGGGCUUUGAAGGCCCCAAAGGGAACUUCCCAAUAGGCCCUUUCUCAGGAGACUCUUUUUUUGAUUUAUACUGCAAGCGAAUUCGCAAGGUGCAGCAGCUUGCUGCUGCUGCUGCAGCAGCCCGCAGCAGCAGCAGCAGCAGCAGCAGCAGGGCGAGCGUGCCUCUGUACGUGAUGACGAGCAGCACGAACCGGGGAGCGGUGGAAAGGACUUUUGUUGAAAAGGACUUUUUUGGAUUGGAAAAAGAAAAAGUCUUUUUCUUUUCUCAAGAGUCUCUUCCAGCUUUUGACCUGCAGCAGCAGCUGCUGCUGCUGCGGCCCCACACGCUGCAGCAGGCGCCCAACGGCAACGGGGGGGUUUACGCAGCCCUCAGCAGCAGCGGGGCCCUUCUGCAUGCAAAACGAAACUCUCUUUUAGGGUUUCAAGUCCUCCCUGUCGACAACUGCCUCGCCAAAGCAGCAGACCCGACUUUCUUCGGAUUCGCCGUCUGCAGCAACGCCCCAGUAGGUCUUGACUUCCUCGAAGCUGUUGCCAAAAAUCCCAAAGUCCUUAACUCUCAGUUCCAUUUGGCCAAAAAGAAAAUCCCCCACCUCGCUCCCCUUCAGGGGGCCCCCACUGGGGGGCCCCCCGGGAGCCCCCCUGGGGGCCCCCCUGGGGGCCCCCCUGGGGGCUCUUCUGGGGGCCCACCUGCGGGGGCUCCCACCGGGUCCACAGGGGGCCCCCCUGGGGGCCCCCUAAAGGCCCCCGCUCAGGAUACUUUUGGGGGCCCCACAGGGGCCCCCCCCUCUUCUCCUCAAGAGGCAAAUGAACCCAAAGACGCAUCCAGCUGCACAGCCACAGGGGCCCCAGGGGGGGCCCCUGGGGCUCCAGGGGCCCCAGGGGGCCCCCCUGGGGCCUUCGUUGAUUUGGAAGACCCGAAUUCUUGGGUGUUGGCGAACCCUAAGGAACCGAACGGAUGGAAACUCGAGUUGUUUAUCUUUGAUGCCUUCCCGCUCGCAGACAGAAUCCUGUGUUUGGAAGUGGACCGGGACUCGGAAUUUGCCCCUGUGAAAUGCGCUGGCUCUCUCGGAGUUGCAACACCAAACAAAUUCAAUUUAGAAGCAGCAGCAGCAGCUGCAGCAGACACUCCUGAAGCAGCGCAGCUGCUGCUGCUGCGCCUGCAUGCAAAGUGGCUAGCAGCAGCGACACAGCAGCACCAGCAGCAACAGCAGCAGCAGCAGCAGCAGGACUUGCUGUGUGAGAUUUCCCCCCUUGUUAGCUACGAAGGAGAAGGCCUUGACAAGGACUGUCUCAAAGGCAAAGACCUGACCAAACCCUUGCUGCUGCUGCCAACCGAACCCUAA